AUGAUGGAAAAACAAAAGAAAUCGGUCGAGUUAGAACAGCAAACUACACAUCCGAGCGAAAAACAACCAAGUGUUAAAAAACUCGUUCGUACUGAACGAUGGUAUUUUGGUGGAUUGUCAGCUGCCUGUUGUACACAUCCGCUGGACACACUCAAAGUUCAGUUGCAAACUCAGCAACGAGCAGAAUACGGACUUGUGGGCAUGGCUUUCCACGUUAUUAGGACAGAGGGAUUUUUGUCACUUUAUAAUGGACUAAGUGCAUCUUGUCUUCGCCAAGCUACAUAUACGACAACGCGUUUUGCAAUCUAUGGGGCAGUUAAAACAUUAAAUCCAAAUCCAAAUCUUCCAUUCUACCAAAAAGUAUCGUUGGCUUUUACUGCUGGAGCUAUUGGAUCAUUAGUCGGUGCUCCAGCUGAUUUAAUCAAUGUUCGUAUGCAAAACGAUUGUAAAUUACCAGAAGGCCAACGUCGAAAUUAUAAACAUGCUAUUGAUGGUAUAUUUCGUGUUUGGCGCGAAGAAGGACCAAAAAAACUAUUCAAUGGAGCCAGCAUGGCUAUAGUGCGUGGAGCAUUUGUGACAGUUGGUCAAAUUGCAUUUUAUGAACAAGUAAAACAGCUGAUGUUGGCCAGUGGUUAUUUUAAAGAUAAUCCAGUAACACAUUUUGGUGCUAGUUUUACCGCUGGUGUGGCAGCUACACUACUAACCAUGCCAUUAGAUGUGAUGAAAACAAGAUUAAUGAAUGCCAGACCGGGACAAUAUGCUUCAUUGAUGGAUUGUUUUACCGAUAUUUUUAAACUUGGCAUUGGAGGGUUUUUCAAAGGUUUUACGCCAGCAUUUAUUCGUCUUGGUAAGUUUAAUGCUUGAAUCAGAAAUAUUAAUUACUUAUUUCAAAUAACAUGAUACACGAAGAUUUAAAAACAUCCAUUAUUACACAUAAGAAAAAACAUUUUGUAAUAACUAUAGCAAAUAGCCUAACAAUCUAUAUUGCAAACAACUUCAUUUAGGUCUUUUUUUUAUUUAUUUAUUUCAGGACCACAUACAAUAUUGAUGUUUAUAUUUCUCGAACAACUAAAACAAAAUUUUGGGUAUAUGAAGGAAGAAAGAAAAUGACAUUAUCAGUGAAUAAUUAUUGCUCAUGGGAAUAAUACUCUUGGAUACUUUUCUCGUAUACUAGUGAUAUUUAUUGUUUCUUUUCUCGUAUACUAGUGUUAUUUAUUGUUUAGAAGCAAACCAAAGUGUUUGCGACAUUUUUCUUUUGCACAUACUUCAGCAUAGAAAAUAAUGAAGUCUUAAUUAUUUUUAAGCAGAUGCACAGCGCAAUUUUCUAUGACAAUUUUACUUUGAGGUUUUCGAUGUAUCACACUAUAAGGGAAGAUUCGCGUGAUAUUUCCAUUUCACCAAAGAAAUGGGAAGCCUGGAAAUUAAAAGUUUAUCAUCAAUUGAGAUUCAUAAUUGAAGACUACAUUAUAAACACACUGACUUAAUCGGUGCGAAAAAAGUCAACAAAAACAAAUCAAGAACUGGGACAAUUUAUCAGUUUGGUAGAAAAAAUGGCCGUUCUCACGUAAGUCUUCCCUUAUCCACUGGAAACCUCAAAAUACAAUUGUUAUACAAAAUUAAACUAUGCAUCUUCUUAAAAAUAAUCAAGACUUCAUUAUUUUCUAUGCUGAAGUAUGUGCAAAGAAAACCGUUGCAAACAUUAUGGAAUACCUAAUACGCUUUGAAAUAGUACUUUAAUUAUCGGCUGCUUUUUUUUUAUUAUUGUUGUUAUUGUCUUUUCAGUCAGGGCUUGAAAUCUUUAGUUAUUGUUAAUUUUUUGUUAUUAAAUGUUAGUUUUUUUAAUUAUUUAAUUUUUUUAAAUGCAACAUGUUGCAGUUUUUUGUGAUAAAGUAGUAUUAUAUUUUUUUGCUAAAUAUUUUUUCUCGAAAAUGAAUAAAAGAAUAAAUUUUGCAUGAUUUUAAUGUUGAAUACAAUUAUAUCUGCAGUUCUAUUUAUGUAAUGAGUACAAGACACGUUUAUUAACGCUAGGGGUCAGAACACAGAAUUCUCCUAUGUUUUUUCUUAUAACAUUCGAUUUUUUUGUCUUUCUUAGAUAUCUAAAUGUAAUAUUAGAUAAAUAUUUCACUCAUUAGACUUAACUUAUGUGGUGAUCAGACGGUACGUUAUCACGAAGGACAAUACUAUAGAGAUUUCGAAGACCAGUGUAAGGUGCCGCUAAUUCAAAAAUCAAGCAAAACUUUUUUCCCAAUAUUUAUACAUGUUUACAUACAGCUCGUCGAGCUGAGUAAGAAUAUGUGCGUUUUGGUCUUUCAGAUUGACUCUGUGAAGAAAAAAUUUGAAAAAAAUCAAAAUUUUUAAUUUUUAAAAGAACGCU